AUGCCCCCUUCGCAGCUCGCCCUCGCGGCCUCCUCGACCGCCUGCGCUGUUGCCGGUGCGCUGGCGACCCCACACGCAUACACCUUGAUCACCGGCGGUCGCAAUAAACCCUACAAUUUGCUUGAUUCUGAUAGCGAUGAUGAAACAGUCACAACCGGCAAAUCGCCGCGAUCGCUGUGGCAGCGCGUCUGUAUUGUGCUGGUAGGCGCUGUAGGCACAACCGCUGCCUCAUGGUCAUGGAUGAGCACAGAUGCCUCACCAACAGCUAAAAUCCUUCAAUUCGUGGCAUGGGCUGCGAUACUGUCUCAAGAAAUUGUGCUCGCAACCCGCCAAAAUCCCGCAGAUAGGUAUAGCCUAGGGUUGUACAGCGCCGUAUCUGCUCUGGCCACUGGUCUUUCAAUUGUCGCACCCGAUCUUCUGGCCUUGCACAGUGAAGAGCGCCUUGCCGCCAUCGAUCCUCAGGAUGCCCUGACUAUCAUUCAACUGGUGGCUGCGGUUAUCUUGCUGGCUGUCAACCUAUCCCUCCCGCGAGGACCGGAGACCUACCGUGACGGCAAGCUGGUCGAUCCGAAAGAUUCAGUUUCGUUUCUUAACCGUUACACAUUUGCUUGGGCAAUGAAAACCCUUUCCCUCGCGACGAAUAAUGGCCGACUCAACCCGGAAGACCUGCCGCUCGUUGCCCAGGAGGUUCGUGCCCAGGCCCUGUCCGAGAGAUUUUUUGCCGGCGAUUCUACAUCGGUUCAAUGGAAGAGAUGGUUCCAGCUUUACUGGCGAAAUGCUGUUGCUCAAAUCACAAUACAGCUGUUUAGUGGUGCAGUGCGCUUCCUUCCGAACUUUCUGCUUUUGACCAUCCUCCGACUCUUCGAGGACCGCGAUGUCGGGGUCGACAAUCAGUUGCAGCUGUGGCUGACUGCCUUGGCACUUGGCCUGUCGCUGGUUGGGACAUCCUGGUUAGAAUCACUCAGGAAUUUCAUUGCCGAUUUGAAGAUUUCGCUGCCAGUCAAUGAACAACUCUUCGCGAUAAUCACCAAGAAGGCAAUGGGACUGAAAGACAUCGUGGCACCUGCCCAAGAUACCGAUGAAGAUGAGGAAGAUGAUGAGGAGAGUGAUGAGGCCCCGCGAACGAAGCACUCGAUUUUGAACUUGCUCGGGGUUGACGUGGAAAAAAUAUCAGACUUCAUUCAGUACAGCCACCUCCUGCUUGACUCUGUCGUCGAGCUUGCCUUGACCACCAUCUUCCUGGUAUAUCUUAUGGGAUGGAAGCCAACAGUGGCUGCAUGCAUAAUUCCCUUUUCACUGACACCAGUGUAUUUCACGAUCACCAAGAAAUACAGCCAAAAGGAACAAACGCUAAUGGAUCGCCGCGACGAGAAAUCCGCUUCCCUCACUGAAAUGGUUCGCGGCAUACGACAGAUUAAGUUCAGCGCCCUUGAGUCUGAAUGGUACCAGAAAGUGCAAACCAUCCGUGGCAAGGAAUUACAAGACCAGAAAGCUGUGUUCAUUUUCCACAUCUAUCUUACCGCCAUCUGGACCAUCGGGCCUAUUUGUAUGAGCUUUCUGUCGAUUGCAACCUAUAUUUACUUCAAUGGGGGCAUUUCUCCCUCUACUGCUUUCACUGCAUUGUCGCUGUUUGAGAACUUGCAGUAUAUCCUGAGCAUUCUCCCUGAGAUUGCCACCGACCUCCUGGAUGCGCGGGUCAGUCUGCGACGGAUUGCUCGUUUCCUCGGGCUCGAAGACCACGCUGAUGACCGAACACCUGGGCAUGAAAUAACUUUCAGCGAUGCGACAAUUACGUGGCCAACACGCGCCUCCGAUGAGAAUGUCGAUCAAUUCCAGCUGAAGGACCUUAACCUCAACUUCCCUUCCCAGGCACUAAGCGUAAUCGCUGGCCGUAGCGGUACGGGAAAGUCGCUUCUCCUCCACGCCGUCAUCGGCGAAGCAGACGUCGUGAAGGGAGAUGUAGUUGUUCCCCAGGGCCAGCCUGUUUCAGCUCCUCAAGGUCCGCAUGACUGGUUGGUCGACGGCGUGGUGGCAUAUGUAUCACAGGAUCCGUGGAUUGAAAACGCGACUAUUCGCGAAUCAAUUCUGUUCGGUCUCCCCUGGAAUCAAGCUCGAUACGACGAGGUAAUCCAAGCCUGUGCCCUUCCGCCAGACCUGAAGAUAUUUCCCGAAGGUGACAAGACCGACAUCGGUGCCAACGGAAUCAACCUCAGCGGUGGCCAGAAGUGGCGUCUUGCAUUGGCACGGGCCCUCUACAGCCGAGCUAGUAUUUUGGUGCUUGACGAUAUUUUUAGUGCCGUCGAUUCCCAUGUUGGGCGGCACCUAUACGAGCAGGCGUUGACCGGUAGCCUGUCCGACGGCAGAACAAGGAUUCUAGCAACCCACCAUGUGAACUUGUGUACCGAUGGCGCUGUGUACUUGGUGAAGCUCGAGAAUGGAAGCGCCGCCCAGGCGCGAUACCUGGACGUCUCUGGUGAUGACUCUGCUACGACGGUAGACAGCUCAGAGACAUCUGAUAACCGACCUAAUUCCCCGAAGCCGAGCGUGAAAUCGAGCGGCCGCCGGGAUUCUGUUGCUAAAUCUAACAAGUUCUACGAGGAGGAAAAGCGCGAGACUGGGUUCGUCAAUUCCAAGGUGUACAAGGCAUAUAUCAACGCCUCUGGAGGCUACUUCCCCUGGAUCAUAAUUAUCGUUGUCCUGGUGCUUCUUCUCUUGCUCAACCUGGCCAUCCCGUACUGGGUUUCGCUAUGGACGCGGUCGUACGAGAAGCCCAAUGACUCCUUACUUGUUCAGCCCGGCAAUGGUAUUCAAACCGCAUCACAGCCCCCGAAGCUUGACAAGCGUCUUGUAUACUACGGCUCAAUCUAUCUCGGGAUUUCGGCCUGUGCCUGGGUUAUAGAGAUCGCCCGCAUCGCGAUAAUCCUACACGGCUCACUCAAGGCAUCCAAGGCAGUCUUUGAACAAUUCACGGCGAUCUUUCUACGUGCACCGCUACGCUUCUUGGAUACAACACCUGUCGGCCAGAUCCUGAACAGGUUCACCUCUGAUUUUGGAACUCUCGACUCUGACCUCGCUCUCGACCUGUCUUCUACCAUCCAUGGCAUGAUCUCGAUCCUUUGCGUCUUGGUCGCAGCUCUGCUAACGUCUCCUCCGAUCGUCGGACUCGGCGUUAUCUGCCUCCUAGCCUCGUGGAGUGUUGGGUACUUUUACGUGACCGGCGCUCGAGAGACAAAGAGACUGGAAAGUACUGCAAAGUCACCGAUAUUCGAGCUGGUCGGGUCCCUCCUGACCGGGCUGCCUACCAUUCGGGCCUUCGGCCGUGAGCAGGCAUACCUGAAGCGGAUGUACGAUCUCAUUGAUGUACAUUGCCAAGCACUCUGGCAUCGACGGCUGUUUACCUGCUGGAUGGAGUUUUGGCUGAGCUUAGUAGGCGCACUGUUCGUCGCCUCUGUCACAAUGAUGUUCGUUGGCAUCCGCACGCUCGAUGCGCCCCUGGCCGGAUUCGCACUCAGCUUUGCGCUCGACAUGUCUAGACAGAUAUCCUGGCUCUUAUCGCAAUACGCUGACCUCGAGGUCAACUUCAACGCUGCGGAGCGUAUUAUCGAGUAUACGGAACUUGAACAAGAGCCCCAGACCGGUGUCGACGUCCCCGCGGCCUGGCCGACAAAGGGCGAGGUUGAGCUGACUGAUCUCACGGUCGCGUAUGCACCGUCUCUUCCGCCUGUCCUCCGCAAUCUCAACUUCUGUAUCCGGCAAGGCGAGCGUGUUGGUGUUGUCGGACGUACAGGUGCUGGAAAGUCCUCCCUAGCCAUGACCCUGCUGCGAUGUCUCGAUAUCCGCUCGGGCUCAAUCCACAUCGACGGAAUCGAUAUUGGCAGGAUUAAACUUCACGACCUGCGUUCGCGUGUUGGUAUUAUCUCGCAAGACCCGGUCGUCUUUGCCGGAACGGUACGCGAGGUGCUAGAUCCGUUCAAUCAACACGAUGACUCCGAGUUGCGUGACGCUUUGGAGAAAGUAGCGCUCUCUACGCCGAACCAGCCCGCAGCCAUUUCCAACCCCGACUCUUCUCCCGAAACACAACCGUCCACGCCCUCUCACAUCCCGCUCUCCUUCUCCAUUGCUGAAGGUGGGAAGAACCUUUCCCAAGGCCAGCGGCAGCUCCUCUGCCUCGCCCGGGCUCUCGUUUCCCGUUCAAAGAUUCUUAUCAUGGAUGAGGCCACGGCCAGCAUUGACAUGGAAUCCGAUAUUCUGAUCCAGCGGGCGUUGAGGGAGGAGAUUUCGGAGUGUACGCUGAUCGUCAUUGCGCACCGGUUGUCGACGAUUGCGGACUUUGAUCGCAUUAUUGUCCUUGAGAAGGGCGAAGUGGUGGAGAUGGACAAGCCGAGCGCGUUGAUGGGUGUUGAGGGUGGCAUUUUCAGAGGACUCGUUGAGGGGAGUGGUGAGAGAGCUGCUAUUGAGGGAAUGAUAUUCGAAGAGGGAUCUAGAUAG